AUGGUGGGCUUCUCAGCCCCUUCCGCUCGCCCUGGUGUCUCGAGCUCUUCCUACGGCCGCGCAGGAUUCAACGCCAAAGGCUCCGGCAAGGGCAAGAAAUGGGAGGCUGGCAAAAAGCUCUAUGCGAAUCAGGUGUACCACAACAGCACGGAUGUCAUGUCUCGGUACGCCGGCAAAACGCGGGAGCUGCCAAACGGCGAUAGCUCGGCAGUGUAUGAGUGCAUGGCGAAGCCACAGGUGCUAGCAUCGCCGCAAGCUCUCGGGGACAUCUUGGAGGCGUACAAUACAGAAUUGAUCAACAGACCCGGCAUUGGUUUCUCGGAACUCGCCGGGUCGCUGCUGUCGUGGCUGGAUGUCGUCCAAGACCUCGGACAAAAGAAAGUUUUCCAUAAGGACUUCGUGGCGCAUUGGCAGAAGCUCGCUGAGGAGCAUAGUCUGCGUGAGUCGUGUGAACUCCUCAACGCUCAAGAUUACCCAGAUCUAGAGCGGACCAGCGCCGGUCUCAGUGGAGCGGUCAAGAAGCUCCUGCAGUUCGCCAAUGAAAUCCGGCGCGACUGGCCGCGCCACGCCGCCAUUCAGGGCCUGGGUUGCAGCGCCUGGGACGUGCCGACCGAAUGCACCGAAGCCAAGGCGGCUCUCAUGCGCAAGCCUGAAUCCGGAAACAUGCUGGUCGCCUACAUUAGCGCAGAAGUGCACGCCUCGCACAAUGUCAGGCUGAAGAAAGAAUCCCUCCAUGCUCUGCAGGCCGACACACAGCUCUUGUUUUCGGAGAGCGAAAAGGGUACUCCUCAGAAGCCCAAGAGCAGCUGGCGCAAAGCAAAGGCCAGCCUACGCGAGGAGAUGGACGUCCUUUUGUCGACCGUGGUUCCACCGGAGACCCAGAAGAAGAAGGCGGCGAAGCUGUUCCAGAAGUUCAAGGAUUACAACGAGAAAGUAGCGGAAGUCUUGAUGGAAUACCAGAAAGACAAGGAGGCUGUGUUCCAAGAGGAAGAGCUUGGCCGGCUGAAAGCCAAGCGCGCGGCGCUGAAGAAGAUCGCCGGCGGAGGGCAGCAGUGA